AUGGCGGGCGAAAGCCACGAGCUUGAAGAGCUCCGCGCGAGGGAGCUGGAACGGGCCAGGGAUCUCUUCGAGCAGGCAGUGGAGAAGGUGCCAUCAAAGUUUGCGAGGAGGCUGCACAUGCUCUAUGCCAAACUUGAAGAGGAGCACGGUCUGGCGAGGCAUGCUCUGUCCAUCUACAAUCGGGCGACAAAAGCAGUAGAGGAGAAGGACAUGUUCGAGAUGUACGGCAUUUUGCUGCGAAAGACGGCUGAGUUGUUUGGUCAGACUCGCACGCGGGAGAUUUAUGAUCAAGCGAUCGAGGCCCUGCCGCAGGAUCGUAUCAAGGAUGCCUGCAUGCGCUAUGCUAAGAUGGAAACCAUGCUUGGUGAGGUGGACAGAGCGCGCGCCAUCUAUGUGCAUGCGUCCCAAUUCUGCGAUCCGCGACGGGAAGAAGAGUUCUGGAAAGUUUGGCGCGGUUUCGAAGUUCAACAUGGAAAUGAAGACACGUUCCGUGACAUGCUCCGAAUCAAGCGCAGUGUUCAAGCUAUGUUCUCUCAGGUUCAUUUCAAUGCUACCGACAUUGCUGCCGAAACAGGGCGUGAAGUCCUCGAUCCGAUGGCAGCAGCCGAGGAGGAGAUGAAAACUGAGGAAGAAAGAAAGCGAAAGGGCGGCGCUUUGGGCAUUGAUGCGAAGCGGCAAAGAGUCACGGCUGAUGCUGAGACGGCGCGGAAGGAGCUACUGGGCAAUUUCGAGCCCGCAGAAGGCUUUGAGGGGCCGCGGGAUGGCUUCAUCUUCAAGCUUGGCAUCAAAGGCCUGGGUUACUACGAGGAUUCCUCUUUGCGAGAAAUCGAAGCAAGAUCAGCUGCUGCAGCUGCAGCUGAGCGCAAGGCGCUGGCUGCUGAGCGGAAGGCUACAGAAGCCAACCCAGAGGAGAUCGAGCUGGAUUUGGACGAUGACGAGGAUGAAGAUGCUGCUCCAGAGGCUGCACCGUCUGGACCUGCUGCCCCAAUGGCCAGCAAUGCGGAGGAGAUUGAGCUCAAUGUUGAAGACAUUGAUGAAGCUCCGAUAGCUCCAGAGGUCUUCGGAAGCGGACUCUCCAGCCUGCGUGCGAGUAUGCCGGAGGAGCCCGUGCAAGAGCCGCCCCUUGCAGAGCCAGCCCCGAAGGAAGAGAAGAGAUCGGGAGCACUGGCGAAAUUCCAGAAGAAGGGCAAAGGAAAAGGUGGCAAGAAGGGCUUCAACUUCGGGGACUAG